AUGGCCAAGCCACGGCUCAUCAUCCUCAUCCGCCACGCCCAAUCCGAGGGCAACAAAAACAGAGACAUCCAUCAGUCCGUCCCCGACCACCGAGUCAAGCUCACCUCCGAUGGUUGGGCCCAAGCCUACGACGCCGGCCGGCGCCUACGCACGCUCCUACGUCCCGACGACAAGAUUCACUUCUUCACAUCGCCCUACCGCCGCACCCGCGACACGACUGAGGGCAUCCUCACCACCUUGACCUCCGACACCGACGGCCCCUCUCCGUUCCGCCGCGCCAACAUCAAAGUCUACGAGGAGCCGCGCCUCCGCGAGCAAGACUUUGGCAACUUCCAGCCCUGCAGCGCCGAGAUGGAGCGCAUGUGGCAGGAGCGCGCCGACUACGGCCACUUCUUCUACCGCAUCCCCAACGGCGAGAGCGCGGCCGACGCCUACGACCGCGUGAGCGGCUUCAACGAGAGCCUGUGGCGACAGUUUGGCGAGGACGACUUUGCGAGCGUGUGCGUGCUGGUCACGCACGGGCUCAUGUCGCGCGUGUUCCUGAUGAAGUGGUACCACUUCACGGUGGAGUACUUUGAGGAUCUGCGGAAUAUCGACCACUGCGAGUUUCUGCUCAUGCGAAGGCAGGAUAACGGGAAAUACAACCUCGAGACGAAGCUGCGCACGUGGUCGGAGUUGAAGCGCGAACGGGCGGCACUGAAGGAAAAGGAAAAGGAAAAAGGCAAGAUUGGGGAGGGUACGCCAGGCAGGGAUGAAGUCAAGCUGCAGAGAAACAAGACUUUUGUCGUGACGAGACGAUGGGGAGGGUGUCCGGACGGGUGCAAUCACACGAGCAAGUACCUGAAAAGGCACGACCUGGAGACGCUACGGCAAAAAGAUGAGGAGCAGGCGGCCGUGACGUCAAACAAGGCGGUCGCGGCGCAUCAUCGACACCGGCCGCGUCCGGCAAUGAGCUCCGACGACGAAGACGAACACAUCCACAUCCACAGCAACCACCACGGCACCCCAUCCUCCAGCAGCGCCACCGCAACCAGCGCCGACAAGAAGAAGCCCGUCGUGGAAAUCACCCGCACCGCAUCAACCACAAAGACCACCACCCUCCAGCAGCCCGACGCCGCCACCGCCGCCUCCACCAUCAAGUCGCCGCAGUUUAUGCAUCUCGGGCGCGACUUUGGCGGCAGCUACUCGGGCCACACCUCGGUCGUCGACUCCGACUCGGACAAGCAGCACGAAGACUCCGACAGCGAGUCCAAGCACGCCCCCACCGCCGCCGCCACGGGUCUGCACCACCGCCGCCGCCGCGGCAGCAUCCUCAACUCCAUCGAGGCGCGCCUCCUCCAGUCCACCAUCAACAGCCACAACAACCACGCGCGCCAGCUCUCGGCCAGCAGCCUCGGCAGCGCCGCGAGCCCGGGCAUCGGCCCGUUUGUCAAUAGGCUUGGCGACGCGCCGCCGCUGAGCGACUCUGAAGGUGACGUGGCGAAGAGGGCAAGCUUGGUCAAGACGCCCGGCGAGGAAAAGGGGGAGCUGGGCAGCGGGAGCUUGGAGGAUCUAGAGGCGGCGGAAAAGGCGGAUCGGAGUAUCGAGGGGAGCGUGUACUGA